GAUGGCGUCUCCUUGGCCGGCUCGGUUGCCGGAGACAAGUCCGACACCCUCGGCUCUGCUGCCUCUGGCAAGAAGAGGGGUGGAGGACAGAAGAAGCAGAUACAAGCCAACAAAUCUGCUCUCCGAGCUCCCCGAGCCCUCUGCUGCCUCACCCUCAGUAACCCCAUCCGCAUGGCUGCCUUAGCCCUUGUUGAAUGGAAAUAUCCUUCAAUGAUGAUGUACCUCUGUGUGUGUGUGUGUGUGUGUGUGUGCAUGUGUGUGAGUUAGCAUUUAAACCCCCUACAGUGUUGAGAGACCCUAUUAAAGGUCUGAAUCACAUACAAGCAUUUUUUGUAACAAAAUUGUGUAGAUUUUCAAAACAGAGUCCACGAGACACAGACCUCUGUGGCCUUUCGCAAAACAGUAAAUGCAUUUUCAAAAUGCAGUGGUCUUCUCAAAACAUAAAUACAUUCAUCAUAACUAUAUUAUACCACCAAAAUUAUUCCAAAUAUAUUUAUCAAAAGAGCACAACUGCCUGUAAAAAGAAUAACGCAACCGUAACAGAAAGUUAGUCUGUCUUUAAAAAAUUCCAGUUGAUCAAUACAUUUUCUUUGCAGUCAGUAAAUCAAGAUGAUCAACAUUGGAAGUACAACUAUCCAAUGGUGCAGUAUUAUGGGCAAUUACUCUCCUUUUAUGCGUAUUUUAUAAAACAAUUUCAUACACAUCAAAUCAAAUAUUAUUCCUUAUAAAAAAUUUAAAUUAAAAUAAGCACAUUGUUUUCAGGAUUCAUUCGUUGGUAUCAUCAAAAUCCAAUUCCGUGUAUUCAAUUCAUAGGCUGGUUUACUCAUAGUUUUGUAGACUUUACAUUGGCGCACAGAAAAACUAAAUAGAAAUAAGGAAAGGUGAUUACAAUAGAGGAACACAACUGAUAUGAAUGUAUAGGCCUCAAGCAUCACCAAAACAAAGCUCUAUAAUGUAGGCCUGGGAUGAUACCAGUAUCGCGAUACUCAUUAGUGUCGUGGCAAGGAAACAAAACACGAAGUGGAUUUAUCUUCUUUAGGAAAACAGCCCUAAUGUUGGAAACAAAUAUCAUUAUGUUGUCAUCCAGAAUCACAUUUAUUUAUUUUAAAGCUAUAGUAAACACUAUUUUACAUACAGCAGGUUUGUAAAGGACCAAAGAGUGAGAGCUGCUUUGUGGUUUCAUUUUUGCCACGGAAAAAAUAUUGCGAUACUGAUAUCGUCCCGGCCCUACUAUAAUGGAAGGUCAAAAUGUUGGAAAUGAUGACUUAGGAGUAACCCAAAGUUACUUAGAAGUAACCCAACUUCAUUUGCUGCAUCUCUGCAUGUCCACACUGCCAAUGUGUUAUAGUCUGUGAACAAAACACUUAACACUGAAUGUUGUAUUCACUGAUGACAUUUGUAUUUAAAGUUUGGCAAAACGUGGGCUAAGAUAUGCAAGUCAGGUACUAAGGCAAGAAAAUGAUCAGAAGUUCUGUAAAUGUAUUUGAACAUUUGAUCAUUGCUGUUCUGCUGUAGAUACGUUUCAACACAGAUCCAAAAAUUGCUUGUACGCGAUUGAGAAAAACUGUAAAUCAAUGAUGCAUUCAAUGUGGUGUUUAGUGUUUACCCUUAACUGUGGUCCUGCAGACCUUUUGAUAUUUUCAUUCUACUUGCUAUCUUUGCCAACUGUGUGGCCCUGGGUGUAUCUAAACCCUUCCCAGAGGAGGACUCCAAUUCCACCAACCACAACUUGGUGAGUUGGUGCAAGGCGGCUGAUACAGAGGCUGAGGUGUCAGUCAGGGAGAUCAUAGAGGCUGAAGAGAGGGUUAUUUUGGGAGUGCUAUAUAAGGACCAAACCUGGGUUAAAAUAGAGAUAUUUGAAAUCUGCUUAAUUUAGCUUGCUUGGCGCAAUUGAAUCAGUGGAAUGCUCCUUAAAGUGCAAAACCCAUCUGGGACUCAAGCAAAUGCUCAAAGUAUUUGAACAAUUUCAAAUAUAUUUGAACCCAUGUCAAUUGAAUCAAUUGACGAAAGGCGAUCAGAAAAGCCUGGAAGCCUCGUUGUGAGAUGUAGCAUAUCAAAGGAUGUAUCAAAAUACUAUGGAAAACAGGUAGAUUACAACAGUUUCAGAGAAGUUAGGGGUGUAAUCCUAAACCAUAAUAGUGUUAAAGAGGAAAAGUUGGGGUCUGACUCCAUCACCACGUCAAGCCCCUCGAACCUGAUCUGUGAUCUGUUAUAGAUUACAAUUCCAAAUAGUCUAUAUAUGUCUCUGCUCUCAUAGGCACUGGUUAUCCAGUUGAAGUCGGAAGUUUACAUAUACUUAGGUUGGAGUCAUUAAAACUUGUUUUUCAACCACUUCACAAAUGUCUUGUUAACCAACUAUAGUUUUGGCAAGUCGGUUAGGACAUCUACUUUGUGCAUGACACAAGUAAUUUUUCCAACAAUUGUUUACAGACAGAUUAUUUCACUUAUAAUUCACUGUAUCACAAUUCCAGUGGAUCAGAAGUUUACAUACACUAAGUUGACUGUGCCUUUAAACAGCUUGAAAAAUACCAGAAAAUGAUGUCAUGGCUUUAGAAGAUUAUCAUAGGCUAAUUAACAUAAUUUGAGUCAAUUGGAGGUGUACCUGUGGAUGUAUUUCAAGGCCUACCUUCAAACUCAGUGCCUCUUUGCUUGACAUCAUGGGAAAAUCAGAAGAAAUCAGCCAAGACCUCAGAAAAUAAAUUGUAGACCUCCACAAGUCUGGUUCAUCCUUGGGAGCAAUUUCCAAAUGCCUGAAGGUACCACGUUCAUCUGAACAAACAAUAGUACGCAAGUAUAAACACCAUGGGACCACGCAGCCGUCAUACCGCUCAGGAAGGAGACGCGUUCUGUCUCCUAGAGAUGAACGUACUUUGGUGCGAAAAGUGCAAAUCAAUCCCAGAACAACAACAAGGGACCUUGUGAAGAUGCUGGAGGAAACAGGUACAAAAGUAUCUAUAUCCACAGUAAAACAAGUCCUAUAUCGACAUAACCUGAAAGGCCGCUCAGCAAGGAAGAAGCCACUGCUCCAAAACUGCCAUAAUAAAGCCAGACUACGGUUUGCAACUGCACAUGGGGACAAAGAUCGUACUUUUUGGAGAAAUGUCCUCUGGUCUGAUGAAACAAAAAUAGAACUGUUUGGCCAUAAUGACCAUCGUUAUGUUUGGAGGAAAAAGGGGGUUGCUUGCAAGCCGAAGAACACCAUCCCAACCAUGAAGCAUGGGGGUGGCAGCAUCAUGCUGUGGGGGUGCUUUUCUGCAGGAGGGACUGGUGCACUUCACAAAAUAGAUGACAUCAUGAGGAAGGAAAAUUAUGUGGGUAUAUUGAAGCAACAUCUCAAGACAUCAGUAAGGAAGUUAAAGCUUGGUCGCAAAUGGGUCUUCCAAAUGGACAAUGACCCCAAGCAUACUUCCAAAGUUGUGGCAAAAUGGCUUAAGGACAACAAAGUCAAGGUAUUGGAGUGGCCAUCACAAAGCCCUGACCUCAAGCCUAUAGAAAUGUUGUGGGCAGAACUGAAAAAGCGUGUGCGAGCAAGGAGGCCUACAAACCUGACUCAGUUACACCAGCUCUGUCGGGAAGAAUGGGCCAAAAUUCCCCCAACUUAUUGUGGGAAGCUUGUGGAAGGCUACCCAAAACGUUUGACCCAAGUUAAACAAUUUAAAGGCAAUGCUACCAAAUACUAGUUGAGUGUAUGUAAACUUCUGACCCACUGGGAAUGUGAUGAAGGAAAUAAAAAGCUGAAAUAAAUAAUUCUCUCUACUAUUAUUCUGACAUUUCACAUUCUUAAAAUAAAGUGGUGAUCCUAACUGACCUAAGACAGGGAAUUGUUACUAGGAUUAAAUGUCAGGAAUUGUGAAAAACAGAGUUUAAAUGUAUUUGGCUAAGGUGUACGUAAACUUCCGACUUCAACUAUAGCUCACUCAUAAUAAACAAAAAGGCCUACAUGAGCAGAAUAAAGCAAGGAAUUUAGAGGUAGAGAUAUGGGGGUGGACAAUGUAAUCUUUUAGACAAUGUAAUCUUUUAGUAGAGUGAUAUUUUAUUAGUAUACCCUUGAGGGAAUUCCUCGAAUGGGAGUGGAGUGUGGGGAUGGGGGGUAGUACACUACCUCAUCAUGCUGAGUCUGUCUCGUCCAUCUGCUUGGCUGUGGGGCAGGAGAGUGGUUGGUAAGUACUGUACUUAUGUCCCUCCGCCGUGGAUCCCUUUAUUGGAUUAGACUUGUGGAGGGGAACUCAGGCUGAAGUCUGAGGCUUCACUGUAAUACCCCCCUCUCUACUAUAGUGAUUCCAGUAUGAAAACUUUACAGUGAUUUACAGCACAUUAACACUCAAACAUAACAUACACUAUAUAUACAAAAGUAUGUGGAUACCCCGUCAAAUUAGUGGAUUCAGCUGUUACAGCCACAUCCAUUGCUGACGUGUAUAAAAUCGAGCACACAGCCAUGCAAUCUCCAUAGACAAACAUUGGCAGUAGAAUGGCCUCACUGAAGAGCUCAGUGUCUUUCAACGUGGCACCGUCAUAGGAUGCCACCUUUCCAACAAGUCAGUUAGUCAAAUUUCUGCCCUGCUAGAGCUGCCCCGGUCAACUGUAAGUGGUGUUAUUGUGAAGUGGAAACGUCUAGAAGCAACAACGACUCAGCAGCAAAGUGGUAGGCCACACAAGCUCACAGAACGGGACCGCCGAGUGCUGAAGCGCGUAGCACAUAAAAAUCAUCUGUCCUCGUUGCAACUCUCACUACCGAGUUCCAAACUGCCUCUAGAAAGCAACGGCAGCACAAUACAGUGAAGGAAAAAAGUAUUUGAUCCCCUGCUGAUUUUGUACGUUUGCCCACUGACAAAGACAUUAUUAGUCUAUAAUUUUAAUGGUAGGUUUAUUUGAACAGUGAGAGACAGAAUAACAACAAAAAAAUCUAGAAAAACGCAUGUCAAAAAUGUUAUAAAUUGAUUUGCAUUUUAAUGAGGGAAAUAAGUAUUUGACCCCUCUGCAAAACAUACUUGGUGGCAAAACCCUUGUUGGCAAUCACAGAGGUCAGACGUUUCUUGUAGUUGGCCACCAGGUUUGCACACAUCUCAGGAGGGAUUUUGUCCCACUCCUCGUUGCAGAUCUUCUCCAAGUCAUUAAGGUUUCGAGGCUGACGUUUGGCAAUUCGAACCUUCAGCUCCCUCCACAGAUUUUCUAUGGGAUUAAGGUCUGGAGACUCGCUAGGCCACUCCAGGACCUUAAUGUGCUUCUUCUUGAGCCACUCCUUUGUUGCCUUGGCCGUGUGUUUUGGGUCAUUGUCAUGCUGGAAUACCCAUCCACAACCCAUUUUCAAUACCCUGGCUGAGGGAAGGAGGUUCUCACCCAAGAUUUGACGGUACAUCGUCCCUUUGAUGCGGUGAAGUUGUCCUGUCCCCUUAGCAGAAAAACACCCCCAAAGCAUAAUGUUUCCACCUCCAUGUUUGACGGUGGGGAUGGUGUUCUUGGGGUCAUAGGCAGCAUUCCUCCUCCUCCAAACACGGCGAGUUGAGUUGAUGCCAAAGAGCUCGAUUUUGGUCUCAUCUGACCACAACACUUUCAACCAGUUCUCCUCUGAAUCAUUCAGAUGUUCAUUGGCAAACUUCAGACGGGCCUGUAUAUGUGCUUUCUUGAGCAGGGGGACCUUGCGGGCGCUGCAGGAUUUCAGUCCUUCACGGCGUAGUGUGUUACCAAUUGUUUUCUUGGUGACUAUGGUCCCAGCUGCCUUGAGAUCAUUGACAAGAUCCUCCCGUGUAGUUCUGGGCUGAUUCCUCACCGUUCUCAUGAUCAUUGCAACUCCACGAGGUGAGAUCUUGCAUGGAGCCCCAGGCCGAGGGAGAUUGACAGUUCUUUUGUGUUUCUUCCAUUUGCGAUUAAUCACACCAACUGUUGUCACCUUCUCACCAAGCUGCUUGGCGAUGGUCUUGUAGCCCAUUCCAGCCUUGUGUAGGUCUACAAUCUUGUCCCUGACAUCCUUGGAGAGCUCUUAGGGCUUGGCCAUGGUGGAGAGUUUGGAAUCUGAUUGAUUGCUUCUGUGGACAGGUGUCUUUUAUACAGGUAACAAGCUGAGAUUAGGAGCACUCCCUUUAAGAGUGUGCUCCUAAUCUCAGCUCGUUACCUGUAUAAAAGACACCUGGGAGCCAGAAAUCUUUCUGAUUGAGAGGGGGUCAAAUACUUAUUUCCCUCAUUAAAAUGCAAUUCAAUUUAUAACAUUUUUGACAUGCGUUUUUCUGGAUUUUUUUGUUGUUAUUCUGUCUCUCACUGUUCAAAUACACCUACCAUUAAAAUUAUAGAUUGAUCAUUUCUUUGUCAGUGGGCAAACGUACAAAAUCAGCAGGGGAUCAAAUACUUUUUUCCCUCACUGUAACUGUUCGUCGGGAGCUUCAUAAAAUGGGUUUCCAUGGCAGAGCAGCUGCACACAAGCCUAAGAUCACCAUGCAGAAUGCCAAGCAUCGGCUGGAGUGGUAUAAAGCUCGCCGCCAUUGGAAUCUGGAGCAGUGGAAACGCGUUCUCUGGAGUGAUGAAUCAUGCUUCACCAUCUGGCAGUCCGACUGACAAAUCUGGGUUUGGCGGAUGCCAGGCGAACGCUACCUGCCCGAAUGCAUAGUGCCAACUGUAAAGUUUGGUGGUGGAGGAAUAAUGGUUUGGGGCUGUUUUUCAUGUUUCGGGCUAGGUCCCUUAGUUCCAGUGAAGGGAAAUCUUAACACAACAGUAUACAAUGACAUUCUAGACAAUUCUGUGCUUCCAACUUUGUGGCAACAGUUUGGGGAAGGCCCUUUCCUAUUUCAGCAUGACAAUGCCGCCGUACACAAAGCGAGGCCCAUACAGAAGUGGUUUGUCGAGAUCGGUGUGGAACAACUUGACUGGCCUGCACAGAGCCCUGACCUCAACCUCAUCGAACACAUUGGGAUGAAUUGGAACGCCUCAUCAAAAGAGAACCAUCACGCUCUCCCAGAAGCUUGGCUGGUGCGUAAAACCCGCAAAUUCAGACAAACAAAAAUAUAUUUUUUUGAGUGCAAACCCAUUAUACCUUUUUUGGGGGAUUAAUUGGAACGCCGACUGUGAGCCAGGCCUAAUCGCCCAACAUCAGUGCCAGACCUCAGUAAUGGCUGAAUGGAAGCAACUCCCCGCAGAAAUGUUCCAACAUCUAGUGGAAAGCCUUUCUGGAAGAGUGAAGGCUGUUAUAGCAGCAAAGGGGAGACCAACUCCAUAUUAAUGCCCAUGAUUUUGGAGAGAGAUGUUCAACGAGCAGGUGUCCACAUUCUUUUGGUCAUGUAGUGUAUGUACAUGGACACAUACAAUGCCUCUUAGUAUUGUGUUAAUAAAUACUUAUAUGGUAAUGGUCCUCACUUCAGGGACUUCAGCUGUCCUGAGUUGAAUAGAAUGAAGCAAUCGCUGUCUUCAUUCAUUCAUUACACUACAGUUUAUCGUUCCAUAGUUAAGGUACUGUAUAUUGACCUUCUAAUCUGUCACAUCACCUUGUUUGACCACGAUGCUAUAGCCAGGUUUUGGCUGCAUUCCUAUUCCAGCCUGAUGCCUAGCGACUGUGGUGCCAGAGAUUAGCAGCAUUAAGAAGCAUUAGUCCAAGGGUUACUGACUAGCGCUCUAGUGACUGGCUUAUUAAACCUGUUUUAGGCAGUAAGUUAACAGGGCUGAAGCUACUGUAAUCACUACCUAUAGGACAGACUAUGGCUACUUCCAAAAUGGCUCCCUAUUCCUGUGCACUAAUUUAGACCUACAGUAUACAUGUACAGUAUAAACCGUCAACGUGACAGUGCCUGCCUUCCUUGCCACCCCACAUGCAGUAGAUAUAUCAACAUGAAACAUUACAUCCCUAAAUAUAAUAUAUGAAUUUGGAUAUUAGUCGGAUAUUAACCCUGCAUUAUGAACAUCCACAGACAUCUUGUAAAAUGUCUUUACCUCAUUUUCCCAACAGUUGUCUUUGCUCUUGACUGAUUACAGUAACAGACAAAUUAGGAAGUAUGUAUAUUUGACCAUGCUGUCUUCUCCCUCUCUGUGAGUGCAGGAACAAGUAGAGUACGUCUUCCUGGUCAUCUUCACCAUUGAAACCUUCACUAAGAUCCUGGCUUAUGGCUUGGUCAUGCACCCUAGCGCCUACAUCCGCAGUGGCUGGAAUUUGCUUGAUUUUGUCAUCGUUGUCGUCGGGUACGCUAGCUCAUGUCUCCAUUCCUCUUCUGUUGCCCCCUCCUUUCUGUUUAUGGUGUUUGAGCUGUAUUGUUGUUGUGCGGCUGUUGUUGCAGGUUGUUCAGUGUGGUUGCUGAGGGCACAGCCGACCACAAGCCUGGAGAGGCCCACCACGCAGCAGGCAAACCAGGAGGACUGGAUGUCAAAGCUCUCAGAGCCUUCAGGGUGCUGCGACCCCUUAGGCUGGUGUCUGGUGUGCCCAGUAAGUUUGCGUGUGUGUGUUUGUGUGUGUGUGUGUGUGUGUUUCAGUAAAACUCAUCUCUCGGCUGUGUGUAUGUGUGUGUGCGUGUGUGUUUGUCCAGGUCUCCAGAUUGUCUUGAACUCCAUCAUGAAAGCCAUGGUUCCCCUGCUCCACAUUGGUCUACUGGUCAUGUUUGUCAUCAUCAUCUAUGCCAUUAUCGGUCUGGAGCUCUUCCUCGGCAGGAUGCACAAGACCUGUUUCUACGUGGGCACAGGUACAAACUUCACUUACAACACAAACAAGUAUACUGUACUGUACUGUACAUACACUGCUCCAUACUGUACAUACACACCCUAACACUAUAUUAAAGAGUUACAUUUGAGUCAUUGUACGCAGACAGGGGUAAACAAGUUAUUUACAUAAAAGUUUGUUAUCACCUAAUGCUUUGGAAGAUUUCCAUCUUUUUACUAAGAAGACUAAGACAUUUGUCACGUUGAGUGACCUCCUCAUGUUGUCCUCUCUCCCAGAACUGAACGUGGAUGAUGACCCCACACCGUGUGCGUUUGCUGGAAAUGGGCGCGAUUGUGUGGGCAAUGGGACAGAGUGCAGAGGACCGUGGGAGGGGCCUAAUGGCGGGAUCACUAAUUUUGACAACAUAUUUUUUGCCAUGCUGACUGUGUUCCAGUGUAUCACCAUGGAGGGCUGGACCGAUGUGCUAUACUGGGUAACAUCAGCCUCUCUUUUCUUUCUUGGCUGCAUCAUAAAUGGUACCCUAUUCCCUAUAGUGCGUUACUUUUGACCUGUGGACCUGGUCAAAGUAGUGCACUACAUAGGGAAAAGGAUGGCAUUUUGGAUGCAGCCCUAGGACUUUUCUUUCUUCCUAUUCUUAACUACUCCUCUGAUUUAAUUUUACUUAAAUGAUCUAUCUUAAUAUAAAUAUAAAACAGUGUCUGAUAAUCUAUCAAUCAAUCAAUCAAAUGUAUUUAUAAAGCCCUUUUUACAUCAGCAGUUGUCACAAAGUGCUUCUACAGAAACCCAGCCUAAAACCCCAAAGAGCAAGCAAUGCAGAUGUAGAAGCACGAUUAACCAUGCUUAAUCUCCCUCUGUCUCUUUCUGUAUUCCUGCAGAUGAACGAUGCAAUAGGCUUUGAGAUGCCCUGGGUGUACUUUGUCUCUCUGGUCAUAUUUGGCUCGUUUUUCGUACUCAACCUUGUAUUGGGAGUGUUGAGCGGGUGAGUGAGUGGAAGUUUGUGUGUAUGUUUGUCUUGUUUUACAUUUGUGUGUGAAGGCCUUAUCCGAGUAUAGAUUGUGUGCUGACCCUCUACAUGUGCAUCUGUACGUGUGUCUCUGUGUGUAGCGAGUUCUCCAAGGAAAGAGAGAAGGCUGUGGCUCGUGGAGAGCUGCAGGACGCCCAGAAUAAGAAGCAGAUGGAGGAGGACAUGUGUGGCUACAUGGACUGGCUCAUCGAGGCCGAGGAUGUGGAUGAGGAAGGAAAUAAACGUAUGGUUAACUGACUGACUGAGACACACAUAUAUACACACACACACACACACACACACACACACAUACAAAUAUAAACACACACACAAACAAAUAAAUGCACACGCAGACAAACACAGCCUUGCACCCAUAUAGUCAACCUUUCCUUUGUCUCCUAACAAGGUGCUGCUGUUGCCAAGAAGAAAAUGAUGAAGAAGUUUGGCUGGUAUAAACACAGCGAGGACGGAGGUAUGAUGAUUUGUCACUCUUCUCACUGUUACUGUCUGUGUAGUAACGCAGGAAAACUGAAAUCUGUUUUACCUCAUUUCUACCGGCAUGUCACAUGUGCAUCCAGAGGAAAAAAAAAACUCUAGACCACCUUCACUCCACACACAGAGACGCGUACAACACUCUCCCUCGCCCUCCAUUUGGCAAAUCUGACCAUAGUUCUAUCCUCCUGAUUCCUGUUUAGACGCAAAAACUAAAGCAGGAAGUACCAGUGACUCACUCAAUACGGAAGUGGUCAGAUGAUGCAGAUGCUAAGCUACAGGAAUGUUUUGCUAGCACAGACUGGAAUAUGUUCUGGGAUUCAUCCGAUGGCAUUGAGGAGUAUACCACAUCAGUCACCGGCUUCAUCAAUAAGUGCAUCGAUGACGUCGUCCCCACAGUGUACAUAUCCCAACCAGAAGUCAUGGAUUACAGGCAACAGCUAAAGGAGCGGGACACUAAUCCGGACGCUUAUAAGAAAUCCCGCUAUGCCCUCAGACCAACCAUCAAACAGGCAAAGCGUCAAUACAGGACUAAGAUUGAAUCCUACUACACCGGCACUGACACUUAUCGGAUGUGGCAGGGCUUGCAAACUAUUUCGGAUUACAAAGGGAAGCCCAGCCACAAGCUGCCCAGUGACACGAGCCUACCAGACGAGCUAAAUGCCACUAAUGCUCGCUUCGAUGCAAGCAACAUUGAAGCAUACAUGAGAGCACCAGCUGUUCUGUGUGAUCACUCUCUCUGUAGCCGAUGUGAGUAAGACCUUUAAACAGGUCAACAUUCACAAGGCCGCAGAGCCAGACGGAUUACCAGGACGUGUACUCAGAGCAUGCGCUGACCAACUGGCAAGUUUCUUCACUGACAUUUUCAACAUGUCCCUGACCGAGUCUGUAAUACCUACAUGUUUCAAGAAGCCACCAUAGUCCCUGUGCCCAAGAACGCCAAGGUAACCUACCUAAAUGACUACCGCCCCAUAGCACUCACAUCUGUAGCUAUGAAGUGCUUUGAAAGGCUGGUCAUGGCUGACAUCAACACCAUCAUCCCAGAAACCCUAGACCCACUCCAAUUCGCAUACUGCCCCAACAGAUCCACAGAUGACGCAAUCUCUAUAGCACUCCACACUGCCCUCUCCCACCUGGACAAAAGGAAUACCUACGUGAGAAUGCUGUUCAUUAACUACAGCUCAGCAUUCAACACCAUAGUGCCCUGAGACCUCAUCACUAAGCUAAGAACCCUGGGACUAAACACCUCCCUCUGCAACUGGAUCCUGGACUUCCUGACGGGUCGCCCCCAGGUGGUAAGGGUAGGCAACAACACAUCUGCCACGCUGAUCCUCAACACGGGGGCCCCUCAGGGGUGCAUGCUUAGUCCCCUCCUGUACUCCCUGUUCACCCACGACUGCAUGGCUAAGCACGACUCCAACACCAUCAUAAAGUUUGCCGACGACACAACAUUGGUAGGCCUGAUCACUGACAACGAUAAGACAGUCUAUAGGGAGGAGGUCAGAGACCUUGCAGUGUAGUGCCAGGAUAACAACCUCUCCCUCAACGUGAUCAAGACAAAGGAGCUGAUCAUGGACUACAGGAAAAGGAGGGCCGAGCACGCCCCCAUUCACAUCGACAGGGCUGUAGUGGAGCGGGUCAAGAGCUUCAAGUUCCUUGGUGUCCACAUCACCAACAAACUAUCAUGGUCCAAACACACCAAGACAGUCGUGAAGGGGGCACGACAACGCAUAUUCCCCCUCAGGAGACUGAUUUGGCAUGGGUCCUCAGAUCCUCAAAAAGUUAUACAGUUGCACCAUCGAGAGUAUCCUGACUGGUUGCAUCACCGCCUGGUAUGGCAACUGCUCGGCAUCUGACCGUAAGGCGCUACAGAGUGUAGUGCGUAUGGCCCAGUACAUCACUGGGGCCAAGCUUACUGCCAUCCAGGAUCUCUAUACCAGGUGGUGUCAGAGAAAGGCCCUAAAAUAUGUCAAAGACACCAGCAACCCUAGUUAUAGACUGUUCUCUCUGCUACCGCACGGCAAGCGGUACUGGAGCACCAUGUCUAGGUCCAAAAGUACCCCCACACAUUGACUUGGAACCGGUACCCCCUGUAUAUAGCCUCGUUAUUGUUAUUUUAUUGUGUAACUUUUUUAUUUUACUUUAUUUUAUUUAGCAAAUAUUUUCUCACUCUGCACUGUUCGUUAAGGGCUUGUAAGUAAGCAUUUCACGGUAAGGUCUACACCUGUUGUAUUCGGCACAUGUGACAAAUACAAUUUGAUUUGAUUUGAUUUGUACUACUUGGCUCUCUGUAAUCUAAUCUAUGGCUUUGCUUUGUGUUCAACAGAAUCGGAUUCAGACUCUGAAUUUGAAGCAUAUCUCGAUGACGACAAUGGCUGCUGCGCAUCUCUUAUGUAAGGAAAUAAACAAAUGUAUUUGAAAUUCAUUAUUUGUUAAUUAGAUGUCAUUGUUAUCAAUGUUGUCAUGUAAUGGUUCUUUAUCCUUUUUUUGCAGGGCUAAAAUGAUGGCCAACAGUUUCUGGUAAAUUGAGCAGGAUAGCUCUAAGAAUAUAUACAAUAAUGUUUUAUUUUCAGUUUUUUAAUGAGAAAGUACUCUACACUACAGACUUUUGACAAAGCCGGUUUCUGACCCUUCCGCUCCUACUAUAACGUGUCUCCUGUUUCUCUCUUCACUCAGUGAACAGCUAUGCCAACUGAACCAUGCCUUUCGGAAGAACUGUCGUGUAGCAGUCAAAUCCCAGAACUUCUACUGGCUGGUGCUUGUUCUGGUGUUUCUCAACACUGCAGCCAGUGCCUCUGAACACUACGGCCAGCCCAAGUGGCUCACUGAGAUGCAGGGUUAGGAUACACUUUCCACUCUACUUCUCUUCCUGUUAUUCCUUCGCUCUCCACCUACCUGUAUCUGUUCUUUUCUAUUUGUUUCCGCAUGUCCUCCUCCCCUCUCUCAUUUCUCUAUGUAAUUUCUCCCUAAUUCAGCAUGGUGACAUAGACAUCAGGAAAAAAUACAAAUAAAAAAUAUAUAAAUAAAUAACCUUUAUUUUCUCUGUCUUUUCUUCAGAGCGGGCCAAUAAGAUCCUGUUGAUGUUGUUCACGCUGGAGAUGCUGUUAAAGAUGUACAGUUUCGGUUUCCAAAUUCACUUCAUGGCUCUGUUUAACCGCUUCGACUGCUUCGUGGUGUGUGGUGGCAUCCUGGAGACGGUCUUGGUUGAGUUGGAGAUCAUCCCUCCCAUCGGCAUCUCUGUGCUGCGCUGCGUCCGCCUGCUCAGGGUGUUCAAAGUCACACGGUCAGUAACUGCUAGCCUGGUCCCAGAUCUGUUUGGUCUGUCUUGCUAGCUUGGUCCCAGAUCUUUCCGGAAUACGCUGCUAUGCAAAUUAAAAUGCACUUCUGAAAGAACUAUCUGGAAUGUCACUCUGCAAUUGAUACAUUUCAUGCAUGCAUUCAGUAUGGAAGGCUACUGCAUACCUUGAUUCUUUACCCUCAAACAUUGAAACCGUCUGUCUCCUGUUUAGGCACUGGGCAGCCCUGUCAGGCCUGGUCAAUUCACUGCUCAACUCCAUGAAGGCUAUCUGCUCCCUGCUGCUCCUGCUCUUCCUCUUCCUCAUCAUCUUCUCCCUGCUGGGGAUGCAGCUGUUUGGGGGCAAAUUCAACUUUGAUGAGACUCAGAUGAAGAGAAGCACGUUCGACACUUUCCCCCAGGCCCUGCUCACCUGCUUCCAGGUGAAAUAAUUCUAACACUCCUCACACUACUAUCGAAUUCUACAUGCUUGCACUUUUCAUUACAGCCGCGCACUCUCUCUCUCUCUCUCUCUCUCUCUCCUCUCUCUCUCUCUCUCUCUCUCUCUCUCUCUCUCUCUCUCUCUCUCUCUCCCUCUCUCUCCCUCUCUCUCUCUCUCUCUCUCCCUCCCUCCCUCCCUCCCUCUCAUUUUCUCCUCUGUAGAUCCUUACAGGAGAGGACUGGAAUGCUGUAAUGUAUGAUGGGAUCAUGGCUUAUGGCGGGCCAGUCUUCCCACAGAUGAUUGUGUGUAUCUAUUUCGUCUCCCUCUUUGUUGUCGGCAACUGUAUCCUUUCUGUUAACCAAGAAAGAGAGAGUUAUUAUAUAACUUGCAUUUCUACAAUGCCAUUCAAUGUACACAAACCUCUAUCAAUACAGACUGUACUCUAUAAGAUCUGUAUUCACUGAUGUUCUCAAGCUCUUGGUCAAUUCCUUAAUAUCUCUUGAUCAGAUAUCCUGCUCAAUGUCUUCUUGGCUAUCGCUGUGGACAACUUGGCAGGUGGAGAUGGUGGAAAAAAGCAAGUAGAGUAAGUAUCACAAAAUCCAAACGAAUAAAAUGGAUAAUUUGAUGGUCUGGGUAUAUUACUAGACAUACAGUGCAUUCGGAAAGUAUUCAGACCCUUUGACUUUUCCCACAUUUUGUUACAUUACAGCCUUAUUCUAAAAUGGAUUAAAUUGUUUAUUCCCCCUCAUCAAUCUACACACAAUACCCCAUAAUGACAAAGCAAAAAUAGGUUUUUAGACUUUUUUGAAAAUGUAUUAAAAAUUAAAAAAUUAAAAAUCACAUUUACAUAAGUAUUUAGACCCUUUACUCAGUACUUUGUUGAAGAACCUUUGGCAGCAAUUACAGCCUUGCGUCUUCUUGGGUAUGACGCUACAAGCCUGGCACACCUGUAUUUGGGGAGUUUCUCCCAUUCUUCUCUGCAGAUCCUCUCAAGCUCUGUUAGGUUGGAUGGGGAGCAUCACUGCACAGCUAUUUUCAGUUCUCUCCAGAGAUGUUUGAUCGGGUUCAAGUCCGGACUCUGGCUGGGCCACUCAAGGACAUUCAGAGACUUGUCCCGAAGCCACUCCUGCGUUGUCUUGGCUGUGUGCUUAGGGUCGUUGUCCUGUUGGAAGGUGAACCUUAGGCCCAGUCUGAGGUCCUGAGCGCUCUGGAGCAUGUUUUCAUCAAGGUUUCUCUGUCCUUUGCUCCGUUCAUCUUUCCCUCGAUCCUGACUAGUCUUCCAGUCCCUGCCGCUGAAAAACAUCCCCACAGCAUGAUGCUGACACCAUCCUGCUUCACCGUAGGGAUGGUGCCAGGUUUCCUCCAGACGUGACACUUAGCAUUCAGGCCAAAGAGUUCAAUCUUGGUUUCAUCAGACCAGAGAAUCUUGUUUCUUGUGGACUGAGAGUCCUUUACAUGCCUAUUGGCAAACUCCAAGCGGGCUGUCAUGUUCCUUUGACUGAGGAGAGGCUUCCGUCUGGUCACUCUACCAUAAAGGCCUGAUUGGUGGAGUGCUGCAGAAAUUGUUGUCCUUCUGGAAGAUUCUCCCAUCUCCACAGAGGAACUCUGAAGCUCUGUCAGAGUGACCAUUGGGUUCUUGGUCACCUCCCUGACCAAGGCCUUUCUCGCCCGAUUUCUCAGUUGGCCGGGCGGCCAGCUCUCGGAAGAGUCUUAGUGGUUCCAAACUUCUUCCAUUUAAGAAUGAUGGAGGCCACUGUGUUCUUGGGGACCUUCAAUGCUGCAGAAAUGUUUUGGUACCUUCACCAGAUCUGUGCCUCGACAUAAUCCUGUCUCGGAGCUCUACGGACAAUUCCUUCAACCUCAUGGCUUGGUUUUUGCUCUCACAUGCACUGUCAUCUGUGGGACCUAUAUAUCCAAAUCAUGUCCAAUCAAUUGAAUUUACCACAGGUGGACUCAAAUCAAAUUGUAGAAACAUCUCAAGGAUGAUCAAUGGAAACAAGAUGCACCUGAGGUCAGUUUCGAGUCUCAUAGCAAAGGGUCUGAAUACUUAUGUAAAUAAGGUAUUUUCCGUUUGUAUUUGUAAUACAUUUGCAAAAAUGUCUAAAAACCUGUUUUGACUUUGUCAUUAUGGGGUAUUGUGUGUAGAUUGAUGAGGGGAAAAAACUAUUUAAUCCAUUGGAAAAAGUAAAGGGGUCUGAAUACUUUCAGAAUGCACUGUAGCUAAAUAGAAUCAGUAAUAAGGACAAUAAGUAGAUGGUGAAGAAAAACAAAGUGGUGAAUGAAUGGUUUUGCAGAGAGAAAAAGGAUGAUGAAGAGGACUGGGACGAAGAUGAAGACAAAGAGGAAGAUGCGGCGGUAUGUACCUAGAUGUUGUUUCAGGGGACAAAUACACUACAAUAUUUUCUACUGCAGCUACUCUUAUGGGCUGCAACUUUCUCCAGCUGAUAAUGGUUCAGAAGGAGUGUCUGUGCUCCUCAGUGUUUUCAAGAUAAAAGAUAAUCUCAUGUUUGCAUUUAUUUUUUCCUUGUGCAGAAUGAGAUGGAUGACUGGGAGGAGAAUGAGGAGUUGAGAGCCAUCGAGGGUCUGGAGGGUAAGUGUCGUUCCAUACACCUCAGAAGGAUUCUUAUCAGACUGUGUGAUACAUGGAUUGUUCUCUAAAUCUGCUGAUCUGAUCAACUCCCCUCUCUAGGAAUCAUGCCUGUGAAGCCUGAAUCCGCUCCAAAAGAGAAGAUUGAACCCAUUCCAGAUGGGAGCUCCUUCUUCAUUCUUGGAAAGAGAAACUGGUAAGUCACAGCCACAGAGCCCUAUGGGCCCUGGUCAAAUGUAGUGCACUAUAUAGGGAUUUGUGUGCCAUUUCAGAGCACCCAUAUCACUUGCAUGGUCUCUCCUCUCCCCUCAGCCUUCGAGUGGCCUGUCACAAUCUCAUCCACCACUCCUACUUCACCAACCUCAUCCUCGUCUUCAUCAUCGCCAGUAGUAUUUCUCUGGCCGCUGAGGAUCCAAUCAGAGCUCACUCCUUUAGGAACAACGUAAGGCAAAAAAAAAAAACAGCCUCUAGAUAUCUACUCUGCCAACAGUCAGUCCCGCCCUCACAACCAAGCACUACCUAGCGCCCAAUCAAUAUCUAUAGUCUAUAACUGGCAUUCAAAACUACCGUUCACACUCUCACUCAACUACCAUACAUCUACCCUCACUGCUCAAUGGUUUCAACCAAAACUGCUGUUCUCAUACUCACCUUACACCGCCCACCACCAAAUAGUGUUUCUGUAUUGUUGUCAUAAUGCUGACAUAGGAUAUCUUCUCUAUCCUCAGAUGCUUGGCUACGCUGAUUAUGCAUUCACUUCCAUAUUCACUGUGGAAAUCAUACUGAAGGUAAAAUGUGACCAGAUAUGCAGAUUAAAUGGACAAAGCACUUUUGGGAUUAUACUACAUUUUGGAAUAUUACUUCAUUGUGAAUUGACAAUGAUCUGCAUAGGCUAUCUUUCCUUCAGGCAGUAGAUAUACAGUACCAGUCAAAAGAUUGGACACACCUACAGUGAGGGAAAAAAGUAUUUGAUCCCCUGCUGAUUUUGUACGUUUGCCCACUGACAAAGAAAUGAUCAGUCUAUAAUUUUAAUGGUAGGUUUAUUUGAACAGUGAGAGACAGAACAACAACAAAAAAAUCCAGAAAAACGCAUGUCAAAAAUUUUAUAAAUUGAUUUGCAUUUUAAUGAGGGAAAUAAGUAUUUGACCCCCUCUCAAUCAGAAAGAUUUCUGGCUCCCAGGUGUCUUUUAUACAGGUAACGAGCUGAGAUUAGGAGCACACUCUUAAAGGGAGUGCUACUAAUCUCAGCUUGUUACCUGUAUAAAAGACACCUGUCCACAGAAGCAAUCAAUCAAUCAGAUUCCAAACUCUCCACCAUGGCCAAGCCCUAAGAGCUCUCCAAGGAUGUCAGGGACAAGAUUGUAGACCUACACAAGGCUGGAAUGGGCUACAAGACCAUCGCCAAGCAGCUUGGUGAAAAGGUGACAACAGUUGGUGCGAUUAUUCGCAAAUGGAAGAAACACAAAAUAACUGUCAAUCUCCCUCGGCCUGGGGCUCCAUGCAAGAUCUCACCUCAUGGAGUUGCAAUGAUCAGCCCAGGAAUCAGCCCAGAACUACACGGGAGGAUCUUGUCAAUGGCCUCAAGGCAGCUGGGACCAUAGUCACCAAGAAAACAAUUGGUAACACACUACGCCGUGAAGGACUGAAAUCCUGCAGCGCCCGCAAGGUCCCCCUGCUCAAGAAAACACAUAUACAGGCCCGUCUGAAGUUUGCCAAUGAACAUCUGAAUGAUUCAGAGGAGAACUUAGUGAAAGUGUUGUGAUCAGAUGAGACCAAAAUCAAGCUCUUUGGCAUCAACUCAACUCGCCGUGUUUGGAGGAGGAGGAAUGCUCCCAAUGACCCCAAGAACACCAUCCCCACCGUCAAACAUGGAGGUGGAAACAUUAUGCUUUGGGGGUGUUUUUCUGCUAAGGGGACAGGACAACUUCACCGCAUCAAAGGGAUGAUGGACGGGGCCAUGUACCGUCAAAUCUUGGGUGAGAACCUCCUUCCCUCAGCCAGGGCGUUGAAAAUGGGUCGUGGAUGGGUGUUCCAGCAUGACAAUGACCCAAAACACACGGCCAAGACAACAAAGGAGUGGCUCAAGAAGAAGCACAUUAAGGUCCUGGAGUGGCCUAGCCAGUCUCCAGACCUUAAUCCCAUAGAAAAUCUGUGGAGGGAGCUGAAGGUUCGAGUUGCCAAAGGUCAGGCUCGAAACCUUAAUGACUUGGAGAAGAUCUGCAAAGAGGAGUGGGACAAAAUCCCUCCUGAGAUGUGUGCAAACCAGGUGGCCAACUACAAGAAACGUCUGACCUCUGUGAUUGCCAACAAGGGUUUUGCCACCAAGUACUAAGUCAUGUUUUGCAGAGGGGUCAAAUACUUAUUUCCCUCAUUAAAAUGCAAAUCAAUUGAUAACAUUUUUGACAUGCGUUUUUCUGGAUUUAUUUUGUUGUUAUUCUGUCUCUCACUGUUCAAAUAAACCUUCCAUUAAAACUAUAGACUGAUAAUUUCCUUGUCAGGGUGCAAACGUACAAAAUCAGCAGGGGAUCAAAUACUUUUUUCCCUCACUGUAUGUAUGUAUGUAUGUAUGUAUGUAUGUAUGUAUGUAUGUAUAUAUAUAUAUAUAUAUAUAUAUAUAUAUAUAUAUAUAUAGAUAUAUACACUGCUCAAAAAAAUAAAGGGAACACUUAAACAACACAAUGUAAUUCCAAGUCAAUCACACUUCUGUGAAAUCAAACUGUCCACUUAGGAAGCAACACUGAUUGACAAUCAAUUUCACAUGCUGUUGUGCAAAUGGAAUAGACAACAGGUGGAAAUUAUAGGCAAUUAGCAAGACACCCCCAAUAAAGGACUGGUUUUGCAGGUGGUGACCACAGACCACUUCUCAGUUCCUAUGCUUCCUGGCUGAUGUUUUGGUCACUUUUGAAUGUUGGCGGUGCUUUCACUCUAGUGGUAGCAUGAGACGGAGUCUACAACCCACACAAGUGGCUCAGGUAGUGCAGCUCAUCCAGGAUGGAACAUCAAUGCGAGCUGUGGCAAGAAGGUUUGCUGUGUCUGUCAGCGUAGUGUCCAGAGCAAGGAGGCGCUACCAGGAGACAGGCCAGUACAUCAGGAGACAUGGAGGAGGCCGUAGGAGGGCAACAACCCAGCAGCAGGACUGCUACCUCCGCCUUUGUGCAAGGAGGAGCAGGAGGAGCACUGCCAGAGCCCUGCAAAAUGACCUCCAGCAGGCCACAAAUGUGCAUGUGUCUGCUCAAACGGUCAGAAACAGACUCCAUGAGGGUGGUAUGAGGGCCAGACGUCCACAGGUGGGGGUUGUGCUUACAGCCCAACACCGUGCAGGACGUUUGGCAUUUGCCAGAGAACACCAAGAUUGGCAAAUUCGACACUGGCGCCCUGUGCUCUUCACAGAUGAAAGCAGGUUCACACUGAGCACAUGUGACAGACGUGACAGAGUCUGGAGACGCUGUGGAGAACGUUCUGCUGCCUGCAACAUCCUCCAGCAUGACCGGUUUGGCGGUGGGUCAGUCAUGGUGUGGGGUGGCAUUUCUUUGGGGGGCCGCACAGCCCCCCAUGUGCUCGCCAGAGGUAGCCUGACUGCCAUUAGGUACCGAGAUGAGAUCCUCAGACCCCUUGUGAGACCAUAUGCUGGUGCGGUUGGCCCUGGGUUCCUCCUAAUGCAAGACAAUGCUAGACCUCAUGUGGCUGGAGUGUGUCAGCAGUUCCUGCAAGAGGAAGGCAUUGAUGCUAUGGACUGGCCCGCCCGUUCCCCAGACCUGAAUCCAAUUGAGCACAUCUGGGACAUCAUGUCUCACUCCAUCCACCAACGCCACGUUGCACCACAGACUGUCCAGGAGUUGGCGGAUGCUUUAGUCCAGGUCUGGGAGGAGAUCCCUCAGGAGACCAUCCGCCACCUCAUCAGGAGCAUGCCCAGGCGUUGUAGGGAGGUCAUACAGGCACGUGGAGGCCACACACACUACUGAGCCUCAUUUUGACUUGUUUUAAGGACAUUACAUCAAAGUUGGAUCAGCCUGUAGUGUGGUUUUCCACUUAAAUUUUGAGGGUGACUCCAAAUCCAGACCUCCAUGGGUUGAUAAAUUUGAUUUCCAUUGAUCAUUUUUGUGUGAUUUUGUUGUCAGCACAUUCAGCUAUGUAAAGAAAAAAGUAUUUAAUAAGAUUAUUUCAUUCAUUCAGAUCUAGGAUGUGUUAUUUUAGUGUUCCCUUUAUUUUUUUGAGCAGUGUAUAUACGUACAUACAUACAUACAUACAUACAUACAUACAUACACUACCAGUCAUAUAUAUAUAUAUAUAUAUAUAUACAUACAUACAUACAUACAUACAUACAUACAUACAUACAUGCAUACACUACCAGUCAAAAGUUUGGACACACCUACACAUUCAAGUUUAUUUUAUUUAUUUUCUAGUUUUUUACAUUGUAGAAUAAUAGUGAAGACGUCAAAACAGCAGCCAACAAGUGCUCAGCAUAUGUGGGAACUCCUUCAAGACGGUUGGAAAACCAUUCCAGGUGAAGCUGGUUGAGAGAAUGCCAAGAGUGUGCAAAGCUGUCAUCAAGGCAAAGGGUGGCUCUUUGAAGAAUCUCAAAUAUAAAAUAUAUUGUAAUUUGUUUAACACUUUUUUGGUUGCUACAUGAUUCCAUAUGUGUUAUUUCAUAGUUUUGAUGUCUUCACUACUAUUCUACAAUGUAGAAAAUAGUAAAAAUUAAGAAAAACCGUUGAAUGAGUAGGUGUGUCCAAACUUUUGAAUUGUACUCUAUGUCUAUCUAUAAACGUAUAUUGGAGUGCACAUGGCAGUGUAAGUGCCAUUUAGAAUGAAUCACCCUUAACUCUUGUGAUUUUUCUCCCGCUCUAGGUGACGGUUUUUGGUGCAUUCCUUCAUCCUGGCUCCUUCUGUAGGAAUGCCUUCAACCUCCUGGACCUGCUGGUUGUCAGUGUGUCUCUCGCGUCCUUCUUCCUCCAGUGAGUAUCUGUCGGAAUGUUAGCCAAGCGGGCUCAAACCUCCGGCGUAUAGCUUAAAAGAUUGUGCCUGAUGUCGAGCAGGGGGUCCAUUGACAAUAUGGUACAACAACUUUCAACUAACCUUUACUUGGCGAUAAUGUCUUCGUUAUUCGGAUGGCUCCGGAGUCUCAUUAACUUCUGUUUCCACUUGCAGUUGGAUCUCCAAAAACCAGAGAAUAGAUAUUCAAUUCACUUUUUGUAGUGAGUGAGAAAUGGCCUCUCACAUGUGUGAAAAUCUUUGUUUGUGUUGUUUGGAUCUCGCUGUGUGAUGCCUUCUUCUACAUGUGGCUGCGGCUGCUUCGCUUACAAAUUAUUAGUUCCUUUAAAGAUAUUUUGAAAUGCCAGAUGUCCGGCAGAUAAAAUGGUGAGGAAACUCAUCACGCAGUGCAAACAUUUGAGUUAAUAUUUUUCUGAAUAUUCUCUGGUUUUUGGAUUUUGUAAGACGCUAGUGUCUUCUGAAUAAAGAACAAAGAAAGUAUUACGAAGUAAAUGUUGGUUGAAAAUAACUGUACCACGAUUUUAAUGGACCAUCGAAUCAACGGCCAUCACAAGCUAGUUAGCUAGCUAUACAGAUGAAUGUAAGAUUUGAUCAGCUAUCGGUGUGUAUGUAUGUGUGUGUGUGUGUGUGUGUGUGUGUGUAUUGUUAUGUAUACUGUAUUUAUUGUGUCUUACGAAAUACAUACUCUGGCUACACAAUACAUUUCCCAUUUGCAAGGACAAUAAAGUUGGAAUUGAAUUGAUUCUGUCCUAAAAGGGACAUUGGAAGGAUGAUGAACUGCUGUUCCUUUACAGCUCCAUGGACAGCAUUGGCCCUGAUAAUAUUGACAUUAUACUGUAACAGUACUCUCUGCAAGUCAGACAAGAAAAGUGCUGUGUGGUCCAUUCUCACACUCUUAUGUGCUUCUCUUAUACUCUCAGUUCCAGCGCUAUCUCUGUGGUCAAGAUUUUCAGGGUACUCAAAGUGCUCAGGCCUCUCCGAGCCAUCAACAGAGCCAAGGGACUCAAGGUAAUCAUUUGACCACUUUAACCACCUCUCUCUCUCUCUCUCUCUCUCUCUGUCUCUGUCUGUGUGUGUCUGUGUGUGUCUGUGUCUCUGUCUGUCUGUGUCUGUGUCUGUGUCUGUCUCUGUCUGUCUUUCUCUCUCUCUCUCUCUGUCUCUCUGUCUCUGUCUCUCUAUGGCUGUCUCUGUAUGUCUGUCUGUGUGUCUGUCUCUGUCUCUGUCUGUCUGUCUCUAUCUCUGUCUCUCUCUCUCUCUCUCUCUCUCUCUCUCUCUCUCUCUCUCUCUCUCUCUCUCUCUCUCUCUCUCUCUCUCUCUCUCUCUCUCUCUCUCUCUCUCUCUCUCUCUGUCUGUCUCUGUUUGUCCUGUCUGUCUGUCUGUCUGUAUGUCUCUGUCUCUGUCUCUGUCUCUGUCUCUGUCUCUGUCUCUGUCUCUGUCUCUGUCUCUGUCUGUCUCUGUCUCUGUCUCUGUCUGUCUCUCUCUGUCUCUCUCUCUCUUCCUCUUCCUCUCUCUCUCUUUCUCUCUCUCUCUCUUUCUCUCUCUUCCUCUCUCUCUCUCUUUCUCUCUCUCUCUCUCUGUCUCUCUCUUUCUCUCUCUCUCUCUCUCUCUCUCUGUCUCUCAAAUAACUGUACAAACGUGCUCUUGUGUCUCUGCUUUUGUUGACAGAAUGUAGUGCAGUGCGUGUUUGUGGCAAUCAAAACCAUCGGAAACAUCUUGAUCGUCACGACGCUCCUCCAGUUCAUGUUUGCUUGUAUUGGAGUGCAGCUCUUCAAGGUACUUGGUCAUUGCUUUUUUGAAAACACUCUGUGUGGUGUCUUCUCGUUAUAAAGAAAUGUGUUUGUCUGCUCUGUGUGUUACAGGGCAGAUUCUACAGUUGCACCGAUGAAGCUAAACACACUCCAUAUGAGUGCAUGUAAGACUUUAUUUUCUGUCAUUUAUUUUCUCUUUCUCUUAGCCAAUGCCUCACUUAAAUUCCUGUCAUUACAUACUAUAUGUGAUUACUAAUAAGCAUAGCUUUGUGUGUGUGUGUGUUUUGUGUUUUAGGGGGACGUUUGUGGUGUAUAAGGACGGUGAUAUGAAUCACCCUAUGGUGAGAGAGAGGAUAUGGCAAAACAGUGAAUUCAACUUUGACAAUGUGCUGCAGGGCAUGCUGGCCCUGUUCACUGUGUCUACAUUUGAAGGCUGGCCACAGUGAGUACCAAGACCACGCAUUAGUAUAUUUGAUUACCAUCUGUUUAUUCAGUAAAGCUGUUGUUCUUGUUUAAAUCUCUCUUAUUAUAAACUCUUAGGCUGCUGUACAAGGCCAUUGACGCCAAUGCUGCGAACCACGGCCCUAUCUACAACUACCGUGUGGAAAUCUCCAUAUUCUUCAUCAUCUACAUCAUCAUCAUCGCCUUCUUCAUGAUGAACAUCUUCGUGGGUUUCGUCAUCAUCACUUUCCGUGAACAGGGAGAAUCCGAGUUCAAAAACUGCGAACUGAACAAAAAUCAAGUUAGUUCUUUUCCUUGAAUAACUUAUUAUGACGUUCGUCAUUAUCACAAAGCUACUGUUCCUUAUUAUCAUGUGAAAGCCAUUCAGUGUACUGAGAAUGCAAGUUUUCCCUUCACUUCCCACGUUCCCUGUGUCUCCUGUCCUGCCCUCCACAGAGACAGUGUGUACAGUAUGCUCUGAAAGCCAAGCCCAUCAAGAUCUACAUUCCCAGAAACCCGUCCCAGCUAAAGUUCUGGAAGAUCAUCGCCUCCAGCCAGUUUGAGUACAUCAUGUUUGUCUUAAUUCUUCUCAACACCCUCACCUUGGCUGUACAGGUACAAUACUGCAGUUCCUACUAUGCCCAGUCAUAAUUUACACAUCAUAUAUAUUACAACAGGAAUAAGAUUGUAAAGCGUUUUUUAGAAAGUGAUUGGAAAUACUUUACAUAGUUUAUCAUGAGGAAGAUAAAUUCUGAUUUUUUAAAAAUUAAUGCAGGCUCUGUCGUAGCCGGCCGCGACCGGGAGACACAUGGGGCGGCGCACAAUUGGCCCAGGGUAGGGGAGGGAAUGGCCGGCAGGGAUGUAGCUCAGUUGGUAGAGCAUGGCGUUUGCAACGCCAGGGUUGUGGGUUCGAUUCCCACGGGGGGUCAGUAUGAAAAAAAUAAAUAAAUAUGUAUUCACUCACUAACUGUAAGUCGCUCUGGAUAAGAGCGUCUGCUAAAUGACUAAAAUGUAAAAAUGUAAUGAAAGGUAAUGUAUUGCUAUGUGUCUCUGUCCUCCCCCUGCAGCAUUAUGAGCAGUCUAAAACAUUCAAUGCUGUGAUGGACAUCCUCAACUUGAUCUUCACUGCCCUAUUUACCAUAGAGAUGAUCAUCAAGCUACUGGCGCUCAGAACACAUGUGAGUUCAACAGGCUUUCAGUGGACACAUUUUGAUAUCAAUACUGUGUUCUAAUGUUCCAUGUUGUAAUGUUCCGAUGACAUGCUCUAAUGUUCCAUACUAUUGACUGUGUCUGUGUAUUCAGCAAUAUUUCAUUGAUGCUUGGAACUCCUUUGACGCUCUGAUCGUUGUGGGCAGUGUGCUAGACAUCAUGGUCUCAGAGCUUAGUGUGAGUACUCUCUCUGUCUCUCCUUUAGCUGCUUCAUGUUUCCUUAUCUCUUCCAUCUUCAACUCUUUUCUUUACUUCAGGGAAACGUGAUACAUAGAAAAUGCUUGCAAUAUAGGCCUACAAAACUAUUUGUGUACAGUUAUUCAUUGUAACAUCUCUGUUUAACAAACAAAUAGCUUUAUAAUGCUCUUGUGUAUGUUCUGUCAUAUACUAAAUGAUAUCCUAUGUAUAUUUUCUGUUUUCUUCUUGUCUCUGGUAUCUCUGAAACUUCUCAUCAAUCUAGGGAGGAGACGAGGAUAUUGAAGUAAGACCACGACAGGGACACAAUUCUCUCUCUCUUUCUCUCUUUUUCUCUCUUUCUCCCUCUCUAUUUCUUUCUUUCUUUCUCUCUGUCUCUCUCUUUCUUUCUUUCUCUCUCUCUCUCUUUCUUUAUAUCUGUCACUAUCUGUCCCUCUCUCUCGCAUUAGACAUUUUUUUACAUAUUUCCUUUGUCUCUCAAUGAAUUGUGUGAAAACAAGCAACUGUUCCCUAAACCUCAGUAUUUCUCUCCAGGCAAUCGAGGCUGCAGCCAAAGCCGCAGCUGUAGCCGUACCCGGAGCUCCACCCGUGGCCAAGAAGGAAAGCGGAAAAGUGUCCAUCACAUUCUUUCGUUUGUUCCGAGUCUUGCGAUUGGUCAAGCUGCUCAGCAAAGGGGAGGGCAUUCGAACCCUCCUCUGGACUUUUGUCAAGUCCCUCCAGGUCAGUGCUAUGUUCAAACAGAUGCCAAGACAGACAGACAUACAUACACACUGGUGUAUGAUUUAGAUUUUGUAAAUAAAAUGUAUGUUUAUACCUCCCCCUCUUUCACAGGCCUUACCAUAUGUCGGUCUACUUAUUGCGAUGAUCUUCUUCAUCUAUGCUGUGAUUGGCAUGCAGGUGGGUCUCCUCCCAUUCAUUGUAUCCCCUUCAAAAGUCUUUAAAAUGCAGCUGGUGACAAUAUGCCCUAUUCUCUAACCUUUUGCAGACGUUUGGAAAGAUUGCUAUAGAUGACAACUCGCAUAUCAACAGGAACAACAACUUCCAGACCUUCUUCAUGUCUGUCCUGCUGCUCUUCAGGUGAGUUUUGAAGGAAAUAGAGAGAAAUAGUAGAUAGGUAGAAGCUUCCAUUUCUUCUCUUAUUUUUCCUCUCUUCUCUUCUCUUCAACCUUUCAUCCCCCAUUCUUUCCUCUCCUCUCCUCUUCCUCCUGUGUCUUCUUUCCUUUCCUCAGUCCUAACGUGUGUGCUCUUCCUGUAGGUGUGCCACCGGAGAGCAGUGGCAGGAGAUCAUGUUGGCAGCGUUGCCAGGGAGACCCUGUGACCCCGAGUCAGACUUUGAGCCCGGGGAUGACAACAUGUGCGGCAGCAACCUGGCCUACAUCUACUUCAUCAGUUUCUUCAUGCUCUGCGCUUUCCUGGUGAGACAACUGUCUGUGAGAGGUGUCUUUUGCAAAAGAGAAAUUCAUCUCAAUGAGACCAACUUGUAUACAUAAAGGUUCAAUCAAAAUAUGUUGACUGCAGCCAAUCUGAAGUAGACCAGCUGUGAUUGAUAAACUCUGUGUUACUCUUCUCAGAUCAUUAACUUGUUCAUUGCUGUCAUCAUGGACAACUUUGAGUACCUGACCAGAGAUUGGACUGUACUGGGUACUCAUCACCUGGACGAGUUCAAACGAGUCUGGUCGGAUUAUGACCCAGAGGCCACGUAAGAGACCACUCUCUCUAUCUCUUUUAGCUUUUUCUUUUAACAUUGAAAAAGGAUAAAAGGGAUAUGGUCUUUAUUCAGGAAACCCCUUCUGUAUGUCUGUCCUCUAUCUUUCUUUUUCUCAUUUCUCUCUUCUCAUCCCUUUCCCCCAUUUGGUCCUUUAAUUGGGCUGUUUUUGUCUGUAUUGCAGGGGUCGAAUCAAACAUAUCGAUGUGGUCACUAUGCUGCGCAGGAUCCAGCCACCCCUUGGUUUUGGCAAACUGUGCCCCCAUCGUGUGGCCUGCAAGGUAGGGCAGAUCACAUUUUAAUGUUAAAGGUUGAAUAAAUGAAAUUAUAAUAAACGUAUUAGGUUCUAAUAUUUAUAUAAUUGAAUGUUUGAUAUAUGUCACAUAUUGUGCAGUGAGAAUUAUAUCCUUUACAUACAUUUUUUAUCAAUCAAGGUCAGACUCCCACUUAAGAUAUGAAGACAGGCUACAUCUCCUACAGUCCCUCUGUAACCAGACAUACAAGCAUGUCUAAUCUAGUGAGACUAUGAUGAACUCACUCUGUCAGUGGAAUUUACUCCCUCAGUCUUGGCUGGCUUCUCUUCCCCCUGCUAAUCCAAUUAAGACCCCCACCUCAAUGCUCCACCUCCACUCCCCUCCUCCCUCCCUUCCUCUCUGACUAUAUUUCAUCUGCUUGCUCGUCCUGUCAGAGGCUGGUUGCUAUGAACGUGCCGCUGCUCAGUGACGGGACAGUCACCUUCAAUGCCACCCUGUUUGCGCUAGUCAGAACCUCACUCAAGAUCAAGACCGAGGGUCAGUUAGGUCACAUACACACACAGACACAGAGUGUAUCAUUCACACAUAAUUAUUUAGUGCAGUGGUGCUUGCGGCCUUUACUCCUGUGUUUUUAAAGGUCUUGUGUCUCGUCACUAGGGCCUGUUGACCAGGACAAUGAGGAGCUCAGGGCCAUCAUUAAGAAGAUAUGGAAGCGCACUAAGCCCAAGCUCCUUGAAGAGGUCAUUCCACCCCCUAGAGGUAAGCCACAGGAGGUGCCAUUUCAGCCAACUAGACAGAGACUUAUUAGCGUAUAACCACGCAGACCACUCUAAUGGUAGUUUAUGCAGUUUCAUGUUACAGAAAUACAGGUUUCUUUCUGUAUCUCCCUAUUUUCUGUGUUUUUUCUCUUAGUUUGUCUCUAUCACUUUCCCAUUUGCCUCCUCCCUUUGUUUAAAAUGUAUUUUCUCCCUGUCCUCCUCUGUUACAAUUCUUCCUGACUCAGGGGAAGAGGUGACUUGUGGGAAGUUCUAUGCCAGCUUCCUGAUCCAGGACUACUUUAAGAAGUUCCGCAAGAGGAAGGAGAGGGAGAGGAAGAAGAAGGGAAAGGACAAGAAAGACUCUCUCCAGGUAUCCCAGUUACCUGGCAACACUUGUUGUUACUGUUUGGUGUCUUUGUGUGUGUGUUUGUGUAUCACACUUUGUGUGUUUGUGUGUGUCAGGCAGGGCUCAGGUCACUGCAGGCACUGGCCCCAGAGUUGCAUCUGGCCUUGGCAAUGGAGGGAGAGGAUGAGGAGGGUGUAGAGGGAGAGUUGGAUGAAGAGUUCUUCAAGGUAAGUGAUUGACUGUCGUUAGUGUAUCAAAACAGUAUCUACUGAAGUGAUUUGUCUGUUCUCUGUAUUUGACAUCGCUCAAAUAAGCAAAUAUCACAUACAAUAGGUAAGCAUAAUAAAUGUUUAUAAUAUUUACAACAAAAAACAGUUGACUGUAUAUUAAAGCAAAUCUCUCUGUUUCCCCAUCCCUCCAGAAUGACAACGUUUUCGAAGAUCCUGGCACCUCUGCCACAAAUACUCCAUCCACCACUCACAUGCCAGCUGACAUGGAGGAGGGCACCACCACUGUCUUCAUGGAGCCCUUCGUCGAGCCCACAAUAUCCAGCGACGUGGUCACAGAACAGCCAUUGACAGUCAGCGAGAAACCAGAAUCAGCUCUCUCAUCCUUUGAUGUAGUGAUGGAACAGCCCACAAGAUCUGAGGCCCUCCCUCCACUAGAAGAAGCACCAGCCCCACCCCCGCCCCAACCAGCCCCAGCCGCAUCACCACCAAAAGAUCCAUCCCCUCCCCAACCAGCACCAGCCGCAAACCCACCAAAUGCCCCAUCCCAACCUCAACCAGCCCCAGUUGCUUCUCCGCCACAGGUGGUUGCUCAAUCCCCACCUCAAAUAGUGUUAGCCCCACCAGAACCAGAGGCACCUCAAAUAGUGUUAGAGGCAGCCCCUGCCCCACCUCAACCAGAGCCAGUGAUGGAGGGAAGAGGAGGUGAAACUUCCACUAAACAGCAGGUGUACUACCCACAGUACCCAGUGGGCAUGCCAACAAACAACGGGUGAGUGGAAAGGGGAGAGAAGAGGAUCUGGGUUGAAGAGUCAGAGAGUGUGUGUGUAUUCAUAAGUGUUCCCUUUCCCUCAACUUCACAGGCAUGUGUAUCAAGAGCAACCUGCAGCAUCCCUUAUCCCGUCAGAGUACAUGCAGAGUCCUACUCCUAACUUCACCAAUGGGAGAGCUGCAGGAGUGCCCUACGCCAAUGGAAACGGCAUGAAUGGGAACGUCUACAAUGGCAGUAUGAAUGGAGGUAGCAUGAAUGGAGGUAGCGCCAUCGGAAGUAGUAUGAGUGGCUACACUGGCAAUGGUUACAACGGAAAUGGCUACAAUGGAAACGGCUACAAUGGCAAUGGCAACGGUAAUGGAUUGGAGCAAUAUGUCCGGAGACGUGUUCUUCCUCCUACUCCUGCAGGUAAUCAUCACAUCGUCACAGUCUUUCUCCUCAACACCAGUGGAAUCAGUAGAAGUAGAAACACCCAGUGACAGUCUUAAUACAUUUCCAUGUAUUUUCCCUUCCAGGUCGUAAGCCGCCCUCCUUUAACAUCCAGUGUCUGAGGGCACAGCAUAGCGUGGAUGACAUCCCCAUCCCUGGCACGUACGAGAGUAACUCACCCCCAUGCAGAUCCAGACUGGUAAGACACAGACACAUGCAAAAGAAUAGUCAACCAAUGCUCACAUGAAUCAGAGAGACAUUUUGAUUUGGUACCAAAUUUGGAAUGUGGAAUUGAAAGCUGUUGAAUGUAAUAAUAGAAAUCAAGAUUUUACUCAUUGUCCUUUUGGUGUUGUCCUCCAUCCUCCUCCAGACCCUUGACUCCCGCCGCAGCAGUGUCUCCUCCAUGUCCUCGGCCUCCUGGGCCAACAAUGGAGGAGGACCUGCAGGGUCGACACCAGGAGCAGGGGUGUCAGCAGCAUCAUCAGCAGCAGCAAAGAGAGGGCGUCUGCUCUACGCCCCUCUGAUGCUGGUGGAUGAGGCCAGGGGCACCCAGCAGGUGUGGGGAGACAGGACCCAGGCCACCUCCAGUCUCCCUGCUAUUGCAACCAGGCCCAGUGGCUGGUACCCUGGAGCCCCGACACUCCCUGUGCCCACGCCCCAGAACAGGAGCUACACCAAUGGCAGGGUGCCCUCCCAGAUCAGCCAGAGCCUCAUAGAGAAGGGCAGUGCAGACAGCCUGGUGGAAUCGGUAAGUGAUGGAUGAAAUACGAUGUCCUGAUGAGAGUAAGAUAAAAGUCCCAAGGCUACAUACUGCUUAGGAUAUACGGUACUUCAUCAGGGUAAUAGUGAGUGGAGAAGUCAAGUGCACUACAAGCCUCAGUAAUUCACCUCAAAAAUAGCUUUCCUGCGGAAUUUCUAUGAAUUUCAAUUUCCCGAAGUUAGUCAGUGAUUUACACCCCAUGAAAGUUCCUCUAUUAGAGUGUUUAUGAAUAUUCAAUAAACACUUGUAUGCUGUAGGUGGUUGAGAGAGAGAUUUGUGUUCACUGUUUCACAACACUCCUUACUCUCCCACAGAUCCUGAUAUCGGAAGGCUUGGGCCUCUAUGCAAGAGACCCAAAGUUUGUGAACUUCGCCAAGCGAGAGAUCGCGGACGCAUGUAACAUGACCAUUGAUGAGAUGGAGAACGCAGCUACAGACCUGCUGACCCGUUCGGCGGGCCAGCCAAUAGGACGCUUCGAGGAGGAGCUGGCUGACGAGAUGAACUGUGUGAUUUCCUACUGAGACUAGAGAGAGGAAACAGAGAGGAAGGGAGGGAGGGAGGGGAGAGGGAGGGAGGGAGAGGGGGAGAGGGAGGGGGGGAGAGGGAGGGAGGGAGGGAGGGCAACGAGAUAGAGCUUUGUCUCCAUCAAAAUGGGGUUAAGAAUGAUGCAGCAAGCUAU